GGCGUAAGAGCACCCUGCAAUCCUAUCUGCAGCCUGUGAACCCCCGAUGUCGCCGCCGCCGAGCCUCCUCCUCCUCCCGGCUCCCCCCUUCCUCUCCGUCUCCGAUGCGCGCAGCCUCCAGGUCUUCCCGCGCGGCCGCCGCCGGCCUCGCAUCUGCUGGGGCAGCGUGGGAUGGGAGUCCGCACGGACACGGAUGGUCUCUUCUUUCGUCUUGAACGUAGGGAGCAGAAGAACAGGUCGCAGAAGCGUUAUUUGCGCUUCCCUGUUUGGAGUUGGAGCUCCCGAAGCGCUGGUCAUCGGAGUCGUCGCCUUGUUGGUCUUCGGCCCCAAGGGUCUCGCAGAGGUAGCCAGGAAUUUGGGGAAGACUUUGCGUGCUUUCCAGCCAACCAUUAGAGAGUUACAGGAUGUAUCAAGGGAGUUCAGGAGCACUCUUGAACGAGAAAUUGGAAUUGAUGAGGUUCCUCCAUCCAUGAAUUAUGGGCCGACAACGAUGAAUAACAGCCAACAACCUGCUGGCGACCCAAAUGUCAAGCCUGAAACUGCGCCUUACACUAGCGAGGAACUCAUGAAAGUAACUGAAGAACAAAUUGCUGCAUCAGCGGCUGCUGCUUGGAAUGAGCAACAACCUGCCCCAUCACAACAGCAAGAAGCAGCAUCCACUACUCAAAAUACUGACGCUGCUACAUCAGGAGGGACUGAUGGUCCUGCAGCUGCUGUGACUGAGUCCGAUCCAAGCCAAGCAAGUCAAUCUGAAAAGGUGGAAACCGAGAGAUGAAGCUACUUAAUAGUUUGACACUGGAGGGAAAGAGCAAAUCAGGAUGAGCAGUUUUGUUUUGAAUUUUAUGAGCUGGGGAAGAGUUGUAUGAGCGUUUUCAAUGCUUAGGGUUAUUCUGUUUAUGUUGUGCUAUUGUAGCAUGGGCAGGUAGAUGCAAAAGGCUGUGUAUAUUUCCCGCGUCUUAUGUUGCCACGAUUGUUGCUUGUAGUGCUAUCAUCUUUGUAACAUUUAAACACGAGGCUCUAUGGAGUAAAUUUUAGCCACAUUACAAUCAA